AUGUCCUCUAAUGAUCAAAGACCAUCCACUCCUCCUCCUCGAACAUUCGAUUCGACUUUCCUUCAGGCAACGCCCGAACAUAUCAAACAAAUUGAAAUCAACCGACUCAAAGCCAAAGAUGCUCAACGUCAAAGGGAACAAGAAUCCUCUUCUUCCAAUGCUCUGAAUUCUAACAACAAGCGACCGCUCUCCGGAGCUGCAGCGCGAAAUGAUACUAUCCUCUCAUCCUCCAAACCGCUGCAACGAGACUCGCGUCUUGGAACAUAUUUCGAAUAUGAUCUCUCAAAAAUGGUUAAUACCAAGGGAGGCUUCUUGUUAGAUGACGAUGGCAAGAAAGUAGACGAGGAACUACGAAGAAAGGAAAAGGAAAGAGAGAAGCAAAGAGAUGUACACAAUCUGGAUAUGCCCAUGUUUCUCGAUCCUGACCGUAAUGCAAAAUGCAGAGAAUGUAACUCCAUGGACAUCGACCCGACGUUUAUGAAAGUAUUCAAAUGUCUGGUCUGUAAGCCCUGUCAACGCGAAUAUCCAGAAAAGUACAGUCUAUUAACGAAAACAGAGUGUAAAGCCGAUUAUUUGCUCACGGAUCCUGAACUCCAGGACGAAGAACUGAUGCCACAUCUACUCAAAGCCAAUCCCCACGCUUCUACCUACGCUAACAUGAUGUUGUAUCUGCGUUGGCAAGUUGAAGACUUCGCUUGGAAGAAAUGGGGAUCUCCCGAAGCAUUGGAUGCCGAGUUUGAAAGACGAACAGCGGAAAAGAAUAAAAAGAAAAACAAGAAGUUUGAACAGAGCUUAAAAGAGCUUCGAAAGCGAACAAAAGAAGGCGUUUGGCAGAGGCGAAAAGAUGCUGAGCAUAAGCAUGUUUUUAGUCAAGUGCAGGGCAUUCGGGACGGCAUCGGAGAGCAACAUGAGCAAAUCUCUACCUCACUCGAAGUAGAGCAAAUUGAAGUAAACCUCUUUCGUUCGAAGUCUUUAUGGUUACCUUUGCUUGCUCGUGGUGCGUUUGGUGGUGUGGAACGGGUGCGCGAUGGCAGAUCCUACGUUACUCGUUCUGUGAAAGCAAUCCAAAACGGACGCAUCAUUUUCAUCAUGGUGUGCUCGUUCCAAAAACCUGAGCCAUGGCAACCAGUUCACCAAUGGAAAAUGCCUAUUGUUCCACCUCCAGAGGAAUGCCCUGACGAAGAAGUUAACUAUGCCCGCGUCAUCCAGGAUCCCAAUUCGUCGCCGAAUGUAGUCAAGUUUUUCCAGGAUCGGCUUCAAGAGCGUGCUCGAAGUCCAAUAGCAAUUAAAUCAGCUAAAGGGCCUUAUGUUAGCUCAGACGGCAUUGAGCGCUAUGUGUAUUGGAUGAAAGCAAGAGAUAUACCCCGAUAUGAAGCACCGUUCCAAAAGUCAACUGAAUGA